AAACCCUGAUGACGUUUUAGCUAAAGACAAUUACAUCCCAAAGGCAAACCCACUGCCAUUUUCCCACUGUAUCACCGAAGGGUUUUAUUACUUCGUGGCCUUAGGGUGCUCCCACACUUUCCUCACUGACUACUUGUCCCCAACAUAUGAAGUACCCUCAACAGAGCCCUGAUUUGGAGGAUUUUAUUCUUAAGCCCAAGAUCAUGGAUACUCACCUGCCAAAACGAAGCAUAUAUUUUUCAUAGUAUGUUUUUCUUAACUCAAUCAAUGAUGCUAAGCUAGCCGUUAUGUGUCUGAUUACACAAGCAGUAUACCAACUUUUCAUGUCUUUAAUUUGAACCCUAGCCCCCUUUUUCUUUAGGCAAUGCUUACACCUUCCAUGAUACUGUCUUUGUAAUUUGAAUGGGUACAACGGGUACCCAUAUUACCCAAACGGGUAUUCGCGGGUAACCCGCGGGUACCCAUAUUAGAACUGUACAAUCACAAGUCCUAUCCGUUUAAAAUAUUACGGGUAAUAUGGGUACCCGUAACCCUUAAAAAACGGGACGGGUACGGGUAUACCCAAAUACCCGUUUCCCGUUGCCCACCCCUAACAAGCAUCACUCGCAGUUAAUUAUAUACAAUUUCUUUUGUAUAAAAGCCUGGAUUAUUUCUAGUGCGGUCAAAGCCGAACCGAGCCGGCCGACCGGACCGCCAAAGCCGCCACCCGGCCAUAAAACUGGCUCGGUUCAGCUAUUUAACCACCACGGUUUUAUACAGCGGCCGGCGAGCGGCCGAAGCGGUUAACUGCCGAGCCGGUCGCACGGUUCGGCCGUUUGAUUUACCCUAAAAAAAAAUAGAAAAGGCUAAUCGUGGAAUCGGCCGUCAACACCUCUUGUCCCGGCAUCGGUGCUUCCCGACGCCAUCGCCAUCCCCAGUCGCCAUCGCAUCGCCAUCGCCAGUCCUUGUUGUAGCAAGCAGCUCCCCGCUCCCGGCGCUUCCAUCCCGUCGCCACCGUCGCAAGCAGCUCCCCGCUAAGCUGCCCUAUCUCACCAGAGGCUUGGAUUGAAUCCGAGCCAUUUCGCGGAUUGGGACGAGGAAGAGCAUUUACGGGUUAAGAAAGGAUGAGGUGAUGGAUUUUUGAGGAAUUGCAGAAGGCUAUAGUGGCUGAAAAAUGAAAAUAGGUGCGGCGGUGGGAGAGGAGGAAGGAGAGAGGGAGGGGGGAUGGGGAAGCGGAAGGAAGGAGAGUGAUGGGUGGGGAAGCGGCGUUGUCGCUUAGGAUUAGGUUAGGGUUUUUUUUAGUUGAUGUAUAUAUAUAUGUUGUGUAGAAUUAUUAAAUGGUACCUGUAAUUAUCAUUUUUACUCAUUAAAUCAUUGAAUUAUUACUUUAUGUGUGUUCUACUAUGAUAUUAUAUUGUUUAUAAUGUACCGGUUCUCAAACGGUUUUUAAACGGUCUAGUCCCGGCUGGACCACUAAUGACCGAGCCGUUCACGUUACCGGGUCAUACUCCGGCUCGGCUUUGACAGCAUUGAUAUUUAUUUCAUUAUUGAGAAAUAUUAUUGACUCGCACAAAACUACACCACAAAUUAAUCCCGACUAGAAAUUAAGUUUUUAAACUCUAGCAUGGUGCAGUAUAGAGCAAGUAUUUAAAUUGUCAACCCGGGCCGGUACAUGUUGUAGACACCACAUUUUGUCCGGAGCAACCAUCCUGCUCAAAACUCAAAAGAAUAUCCACUUAAAAAGAAAACUCAAGUAAAAAUUUGGACGAGGUUGGUUGAGAUUAGCAAUGGCAAAUCAAUAAGUACCAACGAUUUUUUUUUAAGUCCGUUUUAUUUGGUUCGAAUGUUUGUACUAGGUAGGAUUAGUAGUAGCUAAUGGCUACCGAAUUUGCUUUAUUUAGAAUAACAAUAGUAUUUGGUUCGAAUAUUUGUACUAGGUAGGAUUAGCAGUAGCUAAUGGCUACCGAAUUCGCUUUAUUUAGAAUAACAAUAGUAUGUUGUCACGACCUAUGCUAAUGUCAUUGUAUUCAGUUGGUCUCAUUGGUCUAAAGUUGGUCAAAAGGUAUAGAAAGAUUGGUAAUUUUGCUUUAACUUCCCAAAUCCAUGGUUUGGGAAGCAUUGAUUAGAUGUUUGGAUUUGGUUUGAAAUUGGAUAAGUGAGCAAAUUGGGUUGGAAGAAUCAAUUGAAUGUUUGAGCACUACAUACAGAUACAAUGAUCAUCUAAUUCUGAAGGCAAUAACAUAAAUAAAUAAAUGUGUAAUUACAAAGUACAAUUUAUAACCUUUAAGAUACACUUAGUAAUUAUACAUUAAAAAAAAAACUAUCAGAAACAAACCCACACCAGCAGCCCAAUUCUCAAACUAUAAAACUCAACCCAGGCCCAUAUUUCGGCCCAAUCCAGUAUGGUCGGCCCAGGUCCACUCUGGUCAAAUCGGUCAACUCAGGUCAACCCAAUCAACCAAACCCAUCAUCCUUAUCUAAAGGAGCAGCAGAGCAGCAAAGUAGCAGAACAGCAGAGCAGCAGAGUUUCUGCCAAAUCCAAAAAGAGGAUUUCGGCCACCUCCUCCAUGAACCAAUCCCAAAUUGCCAGCAACAUAAGUGGGUCAGGCCACCACUUCAAGAACAAAGGAUAAAAAAAUAAAAAAUAAAAAAAUAAAAAAAAUGAAAAAAAUAAGUGAAAAAAUAGAAAAUAUUGUUGUGGGACUUACAAAUUAGGUGCCCCUAGUUAGCAUUUGAAGUAUCAACCGCAUGCACCAAGUCAAGAUCUUACAAGGAAAAUAUAAUGACCUCAAGCCAAGACCUUCCAUGAUAAGAAAGCCUUUUCGGCCAAAAUCACUUCGUCCCAGAUACUCAUCAUUUUGAGAGCAAGUCAGAAGCUGAAGCCCCACCACAACCCACAUUUAGAGGUCAAACAAAAACCUUGACAAGUCCAUAACCAGAUUACAUUCGCAAAAACUUCAAAACCCUUGACUCAUAAACCAUAAUUUCAAAGACAGGGGGCAAGACCAGUUGAAGAUAAACUCCCCAAAUAUGCCCAGAACUCCCUACAUUUUUGAACAAGUCUCCAUCAACAAAUGUCUGGGAUAAUAGUGGUUUUCAACCCAUCAGGGCAAUCCCAUACUUGGUGGGCAUAGCCAAAAUCCCUUUACGAGAAGCCUUAUAUGGGUAAGAUCAAGAUAUGACUUAUCCAUCACCCAUCUGAAUAAACCACACUUCAAGAGCAAGAAGACUCCUACCAUCAAAGUCAUAUCGGACAAAAACCCCUUUUAUGGGAAACCAACGUCCAUAACGAAGCCAUAGGAAGGUAUCCUAAAUCAAUCACACCAAGGUCUUCCACGUUGCUGCACAAGGAACACAGUUGGCCACCAACAUAAAAUGAGACAUCUCAAGGUGACCAGAAUCUUAAUGGUAGCUGAAAUGUCGUACACUCAAAUCACCUAUAGGAAUUAGUGGUGAGCAGAACCAAAAGUGGAAGUUAGAGCGAGCAAAAUCAAAAGCAAGAGUGAGAGUGAGGGCUUACUGAUAUUCUCAUGGCUUGACUUACACUUCUUUAUUUGAGAAAAUCAAAUUUGACCACAUGGCAACUACCACGCAAAAACGAUUUUAUCCAAUUUGCACACACUUCACAAAGCAAAGUCUUAAUAUGGCUUUCAUUAUUAAUUCUCCAAUAAACAUUUUCAAACAUUGUUGCAUUCAUCUUAAGUCAAGAUUGAUAAAGUCACUCUUUGUUCUGGAGAAUAGAAAGUGAGCAACAGAUCUUUGGGGGCAAAAACGGUGCAAUAUGGAGGAAGGGGAAGUCUGAGUACCCAAGAAUCAGAUUAAUCAACUUCACUCAUGAGCUGAUGAAGAAAUCUCAAGGGAUUUGAGAACAUUCAAAUCUCAUUAAACCAGCCAUCCAACUUAUUAUCCUUCAACUUCAUGGUCAGAAGGAAUCAAUAUACUGCACAUACCAAGAGAUGCACAACUCUGAAAUAUGUGGGCCCAAACUUGACCCACAAGAAGAACAUAGAUAAAAACACAUCAUUACCUUAGCUCACAAAGUAUAUCUUCGUGCAACUACCACCAAGAAGAUAUACCUCAGGACAACAAGUUCAAAAUCGCUUCAGCAUUAGCACGAACUAUGUGUCAAGUUGAUCGAAAGGGAUUGACAAUCUUCGAAGAUGAGCAAUUUAAAGGAGACCCAGGCAAAAAUUGCAUAGAGAUUAUCAAAUGCAUCACAUCUUCUUUUCACUCAACAUUCACGACUUCAUCAGCGUGAUUCAUCACGCCAUCAAUUUCAAAAAUCAUUUUGAUACUCCUUAAAUAACAUCAUAUGUUAAAAUGGGUCAUGCAUUUAUUGCCAGCAAUUCCCAAAAUAACUCAUACAUUUAGUUGGAUUUCCAAUGUUUGUAAAAAGGAAUCACUACAAGAUACAACAACUACAUUCACGUGAAUUCUUCAAGUCUCAUGUUUAGCUUUCACGUGCAUUUAUGACAAGCCAUAACAACUGUUUAGGAACGUCCUAAACAAAUACCAUGAACAUAC